GUCACACAUUGAUCGUAUCACGGAUGACAGUGAAGCCAGCCUGACCAUGGCAGCUCCGCUCAGAUCACUUGUGGAAGAUUAUUCAAGAUACCUCAAAUCAUUUGAACUCUUUUUGAAACGUUCAUCAGAGCACCAAUGUAUGCUGGACUUCAUUCAUAAUACUCUACCAGACAUACUGGCAAGGAUUGGUGGAGGAAGACCCACUUUCAAUGUAAUGGGAGUAGGGAGUGGAGGAGGUGAGAUUGAUCUGGAAAUGUUGGCGCAGCUACACAUGAAACAUCCACAUGUGAAAGUUGACAAUGAAGUAGUGGAACCGAGCAAAGAUAUGCUACACAAGUAUAAAGUUCGGGUGUCAACAACGCCAAAUCUUGAUUAUAUUAACUUUAAAUGGAAUGAGAUGACUGCUGCUGAAUUUGAAAAGCACUGGCAAGAGAAACACCUUGGAAAAAAGAUGGACUUCGUUCACAUGAUACAGAUGCUGUACUAUGUCAAAGAUCCAGAGGCCACAAUCUCAUUUUUCCGGAGCCUCUUAGAUAAAGAUGGAAAACUCUUAGUCAUUUUGGUGUCAGGUGAGAGUGGAUGGGGGAAAUUAUGGCAAACCUUCAAAACCCAACUCUGUCACACUGAGAUCAGCCAGUGUGUCACUACAGGAGAUAUUAAGGCCUGCUUAGACGCCAAGGGCAUCCCCUAUCGUAACUAUGAGCUCCCGUCCCAGAUGGACAUCACGGAGUGCUUUACAGAAGGAGAUGAGGUUGGAGAACUGCUGCUGGAUUUCUUAACCGAGGUGAUAGGGUUUAGUAAGAAUGCUCCUGAAGAUCUCAAGAAAGGAGUGCUGGAUUUACUAAGACAUCCAGACUGCAGUAAAGAGGUGGACGGCAGGGUAAUAUUCAACAACAAUCUGGGAGUCUUAGUGGUUGAGCCAUGAUUCCUUAUGUCUUGUAUGUCUUGUGUUUAGCAUUCAGUCUUAUAGAAAUGCAGAACGUGUAUACACUCAAAUUGUCUGUUCUGUUUUUAAGAAAAUAAAUAUGUUAUAUUGUAACAUAUACUGCACAAUAGUUGUGUUAACAAUCCAAAUUAAAAUAAACAUAUUGUAUUGUUUCAAGGUCUUAAGGUAUACUGUACUAAACAUUAAAUACAUACCCUAAGCAUCA